UACGAAGCGUUCGCACCGCAGGCUAAUCAUGGAAAUGGCUCGCAUGGUAUAAAUAUUGUUACUUUGUAUAUAUCUCUCAAUAUAAACAAAUUGAUAUCUUCGGCGAAUAUCAUAGGUCACGAUGCCAUGGUCGACGUACACUCUCACCCUUCCGGUUGGGAUAAAAGCAUAUUGUAUAUAAUACAAGUAUAUGGUGACGUAAAUAUAAAUGCUUGCAUAAUCCCUUCAGCUUGUAUUAUGACUAAUAGAUUUCAAGUACGCUCAUUACCUGUGCUAUUUAGAAUCGGAAGCAUAGCUUGGUUGUAUGUUCUCAUCUGACAUCUGACGUUUUUCAUAAUCACAAACAUGGCCAUCAAUAAUGUAUCGGAUCUCAAUUCUACGACUGACUAUAACAAUUCCUUCAGUGGUCAGGCGAUUGAGGGUUGCUUUAUGACAUACAUCGUGCGAAAACCAACAACAUCGUAUAUUGUAAACAGUGUAUUUGGUAUCCUCGUGAACGCAAUUCUAGCUAUUCUCGGGACAUUUCUCAAUGCCUUGGUCGUAGCAAUCUUUUGGCAAACUCCGAAGCUCCGUAACAAGGUGACUUACUUCAUGAUAAUGCUGUUAUCAUGUGUGGAUAUAUGUGUCACUAUCAUUGUUCAUCCAACUAAUUUGCUGAAUUCGAUAGCAGAGAUCACUCAAAAUCCGAAGUGCGCUUAUAAAAUGGUUUACCAGACUUCAGCAGUUAUGUUAUCUGGCAUGUCAUAUCUGACAUUUUUCGUUAUGAAUGUCGAAAGAUACCUAUCAGUAUGUCGACCAUUUUUUCAUAUGAAAAGUGUGACUAAAGAGCGAUGUUUCAUACUGUGCGCUGUUUUAUGGCUGAUUGGCAUAGGGACAGCAAUCGCCCCAAUAUUUGGAGCAGACAUUCAAUUUUUUGUCACAGCAAUGGCGUUGCUUGUUUUAGCAGGGACUUUCUUUAUCUAUCUAUCGAUUUAUCGGGUUGCCAAUAAAGGACGAGAGUCACGGUUACGUUCAGCCAAUCGAGGUGGUCAAGAGGCGUAUUCGGUCACCAUUGAGGAGACAACGUCUGCGCUGGAGUCUCGUCACUCUACUCGACCUAAGAAAACUAUAUCGCUUUUCCAUGAUUUACAAAUCGCAAAAAUGUAUGUAAUUGUUGUAUGUACGACACUCCUUUUGAAUCUACCAAAUGCGUUGGUGUUAGCCUUGUUUAGUGAUCGUGUAGAGACUCUAAAUGGUGUUGUUCAAUCUAAAAUCUGGACGCUCACGUUGGUCUCGAUGAAUUCCACAUUAAAUUCACUUAUUUUCUUCUGGGCCAACGGACGACUACGUGAAGAAGGGUGGAGAUUGUGCAAAAAGGUUUUCAGAUUUUGAGAAAGUUAGGCUUCUUUCCGCCGUUUUAGUGUCACAGUCCAAGACAGACUGGUAUAUACGACAGAAAGUUACAUAAGCAGAUACUGUCCCCCUUCGUGAACUUUGUUCGUCGUACCAAAAUCAGGCGUGUAAGCAAAAGUGUGUAUACGAAGAUAACAGAACGAACCAUAUUCGAUCACUAAAAACGGAACUGAAUCAAUCUAGAACUACUUGUAUAGCUUCUGUUUGCGAAUUUGACAUUAAUUGAAUAUUUGAAUACAAUGCAUACAUUGGAUGUGUAAAUUGUAUAUUGUAUAUUUUGAUUAUUUUGAUCUCUCAAGUACUAUUAAUAAUUUAAAUAUAGGCCUAUAAAAAAGUGGUCAAACGAAAAAAUUAUUGGCAAGCCGUGUUAUUGGUAGCUUAAGAUUACAAAAACUUGAAUGAUGUAGUUCUUUACAAUUAAAAAUCUUGACCGUGACUUUGAUUUUUUAGCAUAAAGGGAAAAAAUUUCCGCUAUGGUAUUGUGCGGACAACCAAGUCGGUUGUAUUGUUCCACCGCUGGCUUAGUGCUAUUAAUACCUAAAUCAUUCAAAAUCGUUUGCAACCAAUUUGCAGAGGCGUGAUCUUCAAGCCUGCUUCACACUGUUUCCAAAUGUCGGGGAGUUUUAUACAGGGACAUUUGCAUACAGGGCGUGGGUAGGGCAGCUGCAAAUAUUUUUGAAUUAUACUUGUUUUUGAAUUGCCUUGUUCGGGUAAUUUUUGCUAAAAUCAGAGAUAAAUUGAGCAAAGAGUACUGAGUCGUGUGAUUGGGGUACUUUUUUCUAAAGCUUCCCCCCUCCCAAUUAUUAGUCUGGUCGCCAAUGUACAGAAGAAGGUAUAGAAUCUGUAUAUCACCGAAGAGAACCUAAAAUGGAAAUCAUCCGGAUUAAAUAAGGACAACGCAUGCAUGUGUUCCAGGCUUUAUUCAGUAUACUAGGCUGAAGUGUCAUAGGGUCAGAUCAAAGGGAGGUAACAUCAUUGAAGUAUCAUAGAAAUCUUUUAAAUUUGUUAGAAUGAGAAUAAAUGGACCAUGUAA